GCGGGCUCCAGCACCGCCCUGUGGGCUCUGAGGGCUGGGCAAGCCCUGGCCAUGGUGUCGCUGUCCCCGCUGGCCCCAGCAGAGCUGGACACGUACUGGUCUGGCACGGCGCCCAUCUGCCUGGGGGGCUGCAAGGGGCGGCACAAGGAGCUGAAGAGGAGCCAGUGCGGGAACGGCAGCUGCUGCUGGCUGGGCUACAAGUCCUUCUGCAGAGUGAACUGCGGGCGGCCCGAGGCGGAUUUUAACUCGGUGGUGCACGGUAACGACUGGUGGGUGGGCUCCGUGGUGCGCUACAGCUGCCGGCCCGGCUUCGUGCUGCUGGGGGACCCCGCCAGCGCCUGCCAGCCCGAUGGCCGCUGGACCCCCAAGCCCUCCUGCCUCCGGAUCUGCCUGCGCGGCCGCAUCGAGAUCAGCGAGCGGGAGCUGACCGGAGGCUGCUCCUCGUCCUGCGGCAGCCCCGCGCCCCCGGGAGCCGCCCUCAGCCGAGGAUGCAUCAGGGUCUCCGCCUGUGCCACCAAGCUGUCGGGCUGGCCCCGCUGGUUCCAGCGCUGUGACAUCUGCGAGUGCGACUGCCACGUGCCCUGCGGUGGGUCCCGCUGCUGGCACUGCCCGCCCGAGUGUCCCUGUGUGAAGGGAGGGCUGGCGCUGGGAGAUGGGAGCUGCAAACAGCUCAAAAUCCGCUCUCUUUGCUCUCCUCAGGUGCUUCCAGGUAGAGCUGGGGCGGCCGGGGCUGCGGGGGGCUCCCAGCCCGGGGCUGCCUCCCGUCACUGCUGCGCUCCUUCCAGCGGCUCUGCGUGCCCCGAGGCUGCCAGCUGAGGGUUCUGCGCUCACUCUGCCAGGGUGGCUCAUGCCAGGCUCCCCAGGGCCGGGGGUGCUCUGGGAGCAGCAGCUGCUGGGAUCUGGGGGCGUUUCCUGCAGCAGGGCUUGGGACAGGGCUGCCAGCACCCAAUUCCCAGCUGCUUCCCAGAGCCCCUCCUAGGGGGAGGCAGCGCCUGUGCCUGGUGGAAAUACCUGUCCUUCAGUGCUGCAGGCUGUGGUUUCUCCGUGCCAGGGAAUUCCAGGCCUGAGCUGGGAGGUGGAGCUGCCCCCUGAGCACACUGAGGCCAGCAGGAGCGUGGCAUCUGCCUCCUGUCCCCAUGGCAGGGACGGAGCAGCCUGGCCAGGGCUGCAGCACCCACUGCUGAGGAAUCAAACUGCCCUGCAGCCUCCCUGAGACUGCAGAGGGGGAAAGGUCUCACCUCCCAGGUGGAAAAUCUUUCCUGCUGGCUGCUGGUCGUGCUCCUGCCCUGAGAGUCCCUUUCCACAGGGGUUUCUCCUCCCACCAGCAUGGGACUACAAAUGGGGAGAUGUGGCUCCAGCUUUGUGCCCCUUGAGGACAUCUCUGGCUCCUCAAAGCAGCCAUGGAAGCAGUUUUAUUCCCCCAGGGAAGGAGAGGGUGGUCUGGGGCACAGGUGAUUGUCACUUGGAUUUUUUAAGAUUUUCUAAGCCUUCUGAUGUUUGCAUACUUGUAGCAAACUUUCUCACACACUUUCUGUAAACAACUUAUUGUUUUGCAUUCUUUUAUGGAGGAGGAGAAAUUUAAUAAGCUGUUAGUUUGUCUAAGUUUGGAGAGGUGGCACUGUCACCCUCCAUUCCACUGUCACCUUUGGAAAUCUAUAAAUGUUGGAGUGAGAAAAUAAACUUCCA